AUGCAUUUCCCACAGGUCUUGGCACUAGUGGCCGCCGCUGCCGGCGUUGCCCAUGCCCAUCCUGGCCAUGACUUGAGUGAAGAGAUUGCCGAGCGCCAGGCCUUUCUCCGGACCGUGAGACGGUCCUCCCUGGCGCACUGCGCGGACAAGCUCAAGGCCCGGGGUGUCGAGGCCGCCAACGUUGCCCGGCGCGCGGCCGCGGUCGAGAGCAAGCGCGUGGCCCGCGGACUCGAGCGCCGAGACGCGGCCAGCGACCUGGACACAUCCCACAACAGCACCGAUCUGGGCUACACCGAGAGCACGUCCAUCUCGGAGCUCUUUUCCAGCAACGGGUCCUGCCUGCUGACCCCCGAAGUCACCCAAGGCCCGUAUUACGUGGGCGGCGAAUCCCUCCGCAAGGACGUGACCGAGUCGGAGCCCGGCGUGGAAAUCACGCUCGACUACCAGGUCAUUGACGUCGACACGUGCGAGCCCGUGCCCGACGUCUACGUCGAGAUCUGGCACUGCAACUCGACGGGCGUCUACUCGGGCGUCGUCGCCAACGGCAACGGCAACUCGGCCGACGCCUCCAACAUUGACAACACGGCCCUGCGCGGCAUCCAGGCCACCGACACGGACGGCGUCGCGCAGUUCCAGUCCAUCUUCCCGGGCCACUACACGGGCCGCGCCACGCACAUCCACGUCAUGGUGCACACCAACGCCACCCUGUACGCCAACCAGACGCUCGGCAACGACGUCUACGCGAGCCACGUCGGCCAGGCCUUCUUCGACCAGGCGCUCAUCACGGCCGCCGACAACAUCUCCCCGUACAGCGGCAACGAGCAGCAGCUGACGGAGAACUCGGAAGACUCCAUCCUGGCGCAGGAGGCGGGCACCGACGGCGUGGACCCCUUCAUGAACUACGUCUACCUCGGCGACGCCCUGAGCGACGGGCUGUUUGCGUGGCUCGCGUUUGGCAUCAACACGACGUACUCGAGCGAGGUCACGCCCGCGGCCUUCAUCUACGAGUCGGGCGGCGUGGAGAAUGCCAACAGCGGCAUGGGCGGCCCCGGCGGCGGUGGUCCGGGCGGUGCGGGCGGCCCCCCCGGCGGCGGCCCUCCGGGCAGCAACACGACUACGAACCCGACUGCCGGCUCUAGCUCCGGGUCUUGGGGCACGCAGACCAGCUCCACGACGGUCCCGACUGUGAGCAACAGCGGCUCCGUCGUGCGCGCAUCGGUCGCGGGGCUUCUGGUGCUCGCCGGUCUUGCUUUUGUUAUGCAGUAG